AUGGCCAGACGUGCUGCCUCCAAAGCUUUCAAACACAUUAAUCGGCCUCUGUAUCUUAGACGUCGACAAGCUUACUACGAGGCAUUUCGAGACGUUGAAAAGCGCAAGUCGGCAGAAAGGUCGCGUAGACGCAAAAGCCUGCCUGAAGAUGAGCUUGCAGCCGCCCGUCAAAAGCACAGAGAGGCACAGGCCCGUUAUAGGGAAAAAAAUCGCACAAUUCUCAAUGCGAAAGCAAAGAUCUAUUACAGACGCCGUAAGAUGAAGGCGGAGAAGGCGCAAAGGGGUGAGGAGAGCGAGGAGGAAAUCGACGAGGAAGCUGAAUGGAUCCGAUUGAGUGCCAUGGCCGAAGAGAUUUCGGAGGAGGAAUGGCUUCGGAAACAUGGAAGGCCGGUCUGA